AUGAUGUUGACAGACUGGACUCAGCUCCCAGAAGAGCUACUUCAAGUGAUCACCGAGAAGCUUGAGAACUGUUUCGAUGUAGUUCAUGCUCGCUCUGUUUGCAGCUCAUGGCGAUCUGCAUUACCUUUUCCUUGUUGCCUAUUAAGCCCAAUUUACUCUCUUCCCACGUUUAACAAGGACACUCUUGAAAACAAAGGCUUGUGGACCCUCAAGAAGAUCCCUGUGUUCCUCUUUAGAGUCCGUACUCUUGCUCCUGCUGCGUCAGCUUCUGAGUAUUUCAUGGGGGGAAUUGUCCAAGAUGAGUCAGAGAAUCAAACAGAGCUUCCUCCACGUCCUCUUCAAUGUUCAGUGAAAUUGAAGUUUGGAGAAUCUUUUCCAACCUUAACGAACAAGAACGUGAACAUGCUUAUCGAAGGACAUGUUGGACGGGCAACAUGUAGAGUGAGUAGGCUAGAUGAGGAGGCUGGUAAAUGGGUCGAGGCCACCGAUUUGGGAGACCGUGUUUGUUUCAUUGGAUGCUUGGGAAGUUUCUCUUGCUCGGGUAAGGAGCUUCCUGAUGGUUGCGGUGUGAGUAAGAACUCAGUUUUGCAAACCCAAUGGCAAGGUUCAGUUUUCUCCUACAAAUAUGGAAGAGCCGAAAACGGCCUCAAUCGUUGGGACUUGUCAAGAGUUAAUAAUGUGAAGAUCCUCAACAGAUAUCCGGUGGUGGCUCUCCGGUUCGAGCAUGCACUAAUCGAUAAACCUUAA